AUGCGGUACCUAACAGUUGGCGAAGCCAUUGCUAAAAGUAACCAAACUUUCAAACAAAAUAGCACUUCAUAGCACCUGAGUUUCAAGUUUAAUGGGCUUUUGAUUCUAGGUUAUAUAUAUCCACACUGUUCAAUGAAUUCCUUGGUGUGAAUUGUUUACAUUGUUCCGCUAGAAGCGAAAUUAUUUUUUUGUACGCGUUGUCCAAUUUGUAAUUUCUUUAGAUCAAUUUAUACCAACUGAUUUAUACAGUUAAUAACUUUGUUUUUGGACUGAUAUAGAUUUGGAAUGAUUUUACUGUACAAAAUUAGGUUGUUUUAAGGAAGGUGAAAUUUUAAGGAUGAAUUUUUAAGCUUACAUGUAUCCAGAAUUAGCAGAGUUAUACACAAUCCUUGCCCAUAUACAAUGUGGUAUUUUGAAGUGAAAAUCUUAUUAUAUUUACAUGUUCAAAAUAACAUCGAAUAUUUUGAAGACACUAUCUUACUCCUGUACAUCACAUUGUCCCUUAUUAGUAUUCUUGACAGGACUAUCACUAUAUUUUUCUCACUGGCAUAGUACUUGGGCUGAGUUAAUCUUUUAUAAUGCAAAGAUCUCAUAUAAUAUUGUAUGGACCAAAUUCCAAAUGCAAGCACAAGAUCACUUAUUUGUUAUCUAGCUAGUUGCAUUGUUUUGAGAUACCUAUAGCAAGACAAAGGCAACAACAAAGGCAUUGUUUAAGGUUUCUCUCCUGUGUUAUCAUGCCUAUUCCUAUUCAAGGUAUUUUACAUGAAACAAAGGGCUUGUAUUAUUUGUUUGGAUUUGCUUCUAAAAAAGGAAAUGAUUAUUGUUUUGUUAUUCUCAUUUCAGGGAAACACUUAACUAUUUACCCCUUUGUGGGUGUUCUGAUGCUGAGUCAAGCUCCCUUUGCUCUUACAGACCCUGCCACAUGUGACACACACCAUACUAGUAUUAACAAUUACUGCUUCUCCAGUAGAGUCGGUGGAGUUUACAUUCUUCGAAUUUUUGUUGCUGUACUUAAAUAAAGCACUUUGUGGAAGAUGCAAAAGGGAUUGUUUUGCUUUAAUGAGUAUCUUAUUUGCUAGUGUAUCAGGUUUGCUAUCAUCAUCAUCACCGUCAUCAUCAUCUGAGUUGUCACUUCCAUCAUCAUCGUCGUCGUCAUCAUGAAUGUAAAAUAAUUUGACAAAUGCUCUUGAAACAACUCGUUCACUUUGUUGGCAUCAAUUCCUCCCCGGCAGUUAACAAUUGCACCCCCAGCAAUUCGGACAGGUACAACCCGGUGGACGUUUCUUGUUGUUGGCAUUGCCGGUAUAGAUUCUUGGUGAUCCACUACUCCAGUACACAUGUGAAGGCACUUGCUCAGCUGGCUCUGUUUGGGGUCUUUUAUAGACUGGACACAAUGAAAAUCAUCUAUAAUGAGCAGGAGGAAGUUGUUGUUCUGUUGGGGAGGAAAUUUUUAACUGGAUCAGUGUACAUCUAUGGACUGAUAAAUUAGAGUCAUUUUACUUAAACCGUGAAACAGGUAGAAGAAUACUACGCACUGUUAUGUAUUAAUUCCAUUGUCUUCUUUUGUUUACCUCUUGCUAUUUUGCACUGUUUGUUAAUAUCUGUUUCACGGUUCAAAUAACAUCACUCUAUUUUUGUUGUUUUUGUCUCCUUGUUACAAGGUCCUUGCGCCUUCUAUUUAGCCCCUGCUUCUUUACAUCCAGCCACCUCACCUUGUGUCAACUUAUUGUUUUGGCCAGGGUGUUGUGCAGUAGCAGAUGUUUAAUAAUGAAUUGUUUCAGUAUGUAAAUACAUGUACCUUUAUGGCACUCUCAACGAUCGCUUGUGUCUUGUGAAUGCUUUUUCCAGACAAUCCUUUUUUAUGAUUUAGCACACUUCUCGGGUGAGUGCUAAACCCCAGAAGUGAGCCAGCUGUCAAAGCAUCAUCACUGGCACCAUGAAAGGACAAGAAGUGCAACCCACAGUCUUGUUGUAAGGGAUUGUUUUUCUGUUGAAAACAAACAAGCAACACUUAUGUCUAUUACACACCAUAGUGUUUAAUUUAAUUUAAGUGUCUUCCUAAAGUAUGGUUCCUGCUAUUAUUAUUAUUAUUACUAUUAUUAUUAUUAUUAUUAUUAUUAUUAUUAUUAUUAUCAUUAUCAUUACCAUUAUCAUUAUUAGUAGUAUUAUUUAUUUUAUUUUUUAUUAUUAUUAUACACACUUGGUUUGUAAAGUAAGACAGCUGAUGAAGCAGUGCCACAACUCGCAGUCUCAGUAUUUCAUGUCUUUUCUUAGAAAGCUGUUGUUUUUCAUCAUUCUUGACUAGACACAAGGCACGGUCGAACAAUCCAGGGGUGCACUUGUUGGCAAAUUUUUCCAUGUCUGCAGGGUCGUAUAGCCGCUGCCCUCCAUCCUUGUAAUGUUUAGUGAGACACUUGUGGAACGUUUUGAACUGCUCAUCAAAUGUUGGCUCUGAAAAUUAAUAAAAAAAUAUUUCUAUUAAAGUCGUCUUUGUUUUGAAUGUGUGGAAAUUAAGAGUACGUCAAUACAAUACCUUCUAGCUUGUUGCAUCUUUCUUUUAAUGCUGCAUUUUCGCGCUGUAAUUUGGUGAUUUAUUGUUUUCCCUCUGCUAGCUCAUUAACACUCUGCAAAGGGGCGGUCUGAGAGGUUCCAUCCCUCCAAGUUAUUUUCUUUUCUGGGGUAGUACAUAGGACGGAAGUAGUACAUUUUGUCUACAAAUGUAUAGGGCAAAAUUUAAUGCAAAAUAUGAAUAUAUUCUAAAACAAAACUAAGAAUGUAUGAUCUGUUUCUGUACAUUUUGACUGUUGUUUGAGUGUAAAAGAAACAUACCUUUCUCGUAGCAGGGGGUUUGUAGAGAGCGUGGUUGGUAAAUAUGGGAGCUUCGUCCACGAGAUUUAGGUGGCCUGGGCAAAGAAAUGCGCCUCCUUGGUAGUUUUCAAGGUUUGUUGCCACGGUGAGAAUCCUCUGCGGACAUGGCAGUAAAUUGUUCCUUUGCGUGCAGGCAUUUUCACUCGGAAAACAGCACCUCCUUUGACUUUCCACUUGCAAUUUUUUUGCAUGACCAAAACAUAGCCAAACCGGCCUAGAGUAGCCACGUAAAACAGCCUCUUUUCCCGAAUAGUAAGUAGUGGCACCCCAACACUUUUCUGACACGCUUCUUAAUCUGGAGCCACGUUCACAAACAUUUUCCAUUGUUUAAUCAACUUUGGACGUUCUUUCAGCCGGAAACGCACGCAAAAAGACCGGAACUUGACAGUGGAGCGGUCGGUAACUAUUUUUGGACAUUUUUGAAGCUUUUUGAAGCGGGAGAAAACGAGCGCCGUCUCCAGUUUCAUUCAUAAUUUCCCGCGCAAAGCAUGAAGCCGGGAAGCUGGCGCCUACCAGUCAGUAAGUGGACACAAGCCGUAGGCGAAGAGUUUGAUGUUUACAAAUCUUUUCCUUUUUUUACUUGUCCAAGGAAAUAGAUUUUUGCGCUGCUAUCUACCUUCUAAGUGCAAGAGGAUCGAUCCUUUUAGAGGUAAGAUUGGCUGUACAUUUGUGGAAGCUUCUCACCGGCGAUUACGUUCGAGUGUUUUCACCGCGAGGGGGAUGCAAAAACCAAAAACUGCAAGCCACAGAAAAACGUACUGUUCGAUUUUUUUACGUAUUUCUUAUUUUGCUUCUUGGCUUUUAGCCUUUUGGUUGGUCGAAUUGUGAACCUUAAAUACUCCACCUGUUUCUUAUUUUUGCAAAUUGUUUAAGAGCUAUUGGUCGUAUAAUGUUUCUAUGAACUACACACUGUCCCGCGCAUUUUCAGCAAGCACCCUAAAGUGUAUUCCUAAUCUGAUUUCGCUACAACUCUUGACAUCGCCUGUCAAUGAGUUCUAGUUUGGGGAUAUCAGAUCAUAAUCACCGAACUAGUCAUGGUUAACUAUGUAUUUGGCUUCAAACUUUGCUCUUUUUUGUAGACUACUUGAUUCGUUGUAAGAUGGUCAGCGGAGAGCACAAACUGCCGCGAAAACGGCAACCAAUCAGCCGUUUUUCUGCCCUGCCAUUGACGGGCUAUAUCAAUAG